AUGCAGCGGCGCUCCAGAAGGGGCGUGCUUGUACUGUCAGCGCUGCUUUGUGGAUGGAAGAUUGCUCCAAGCUUCCUCGUCCCCAAGCCAAAGGCUGACCUGACUGACCUAGAUCGGCAGGCUGAUCUCAUGUCAGGGCGACGCGAUGUCAUCACCGCAGUGACGCUGCUUGGAAUUCCAGAUGUCGCCUGGGCAAAGCGAGGAGGAGCCAGUUCUUCUGAUGAAGGACUGCCAACACAGCAGUCCAUGCCAGGUGAGAUCGAGACUGAAGAGUCCAUCAGUGAAGACUGGAAGCCUGUUGACAUCGGAGAGUCGACCCUUGUAGAUCCCAACGAUCCCAAGUACAAGCAAAUGUCCAUGCUUGCCAGAGAUAUCGAGAAGCAAAAGGCAAAGAAUGAGGAGUUCGAGAAGAUGACUCCGGAGGCAGUUCAGAAUCUUUUUUGGGCCGAUGUGAAGCACCGAGUUGUGAAGAAGAGUCGCCACCUGGCUCUAGCAACGCGAACGUUGCUUCAGGCCCACAACACCUCAAGCUCCGGACGACUGACAAAUAAGUUCGACAAACGAGUUGGAGGGCGUCUACAGUCAUUUGAGAAGCACUUGGACAAACACACCAAAGAAACUUCGCUACUGCGGGAGCAUGCAAAACUCAAGCUGCUUGAAACAUCGGCACCACUUCGAGCUGAGUUUAUGGAGAAGUUGCGUGAGCUCAUGAAGGAACGUGUCACUGCAGAUCCCGACAUGUGGGAGUGCGUCAAGGGCUGCUACGAGUCUCUGAUUGAUAUCAUCUGGGAAGAUGUUGAAAAGGAAAUCGAGCUGAACGUGGAGCUGGCUUGGCUGAAAUCAGCGGAGUGCCAGGAGCAGUCGGGUCCUGCAUCAACCUGGUCGUGCUACUGCUGGCUGCGGCGAAAGGUGCUGAGACAUUACUUGCCAUACGAUCGGUCACUUUUUGGCAAACUCAAAGACCCCCUGUACCUUGCACUGACACUGAUCAUGCUCAUCCCAAACGCUGGUUUUCGGGUCAGCGUCUUGUCCCUCAUCCUGACACUUAUUCUGUUCCCAGGACCGCCCGAUGAGUUUCAGCUAAUCAAUUUCAUCAUGUUGUCCAAAGGCACACAGUUCAUCACCGGUGGCCUUCUCUCGAUGUCACAAGGGGCCGUGAUCUAUUUCAAGUGUUUCACCUGGCACGAUGCUGACCUUGGACAAUGCAUCGCCGAACAUGGCCCAGGCAGGGUUUCAUCGCUGGCUGGGGCAAUGGCCGACUACUUGGGCAGCAUUGCUCUAGUUUGGAUUGCAUUUCUGGCGCUUCCAUAUUCACGCGAGCACCGCGAGGAGAAGCGAGUGGCAGCUUUAGGAAGGAGUCGAGGCAGCAGUUCUGAACCCAGAGCGAGAGACACAGCGGAGGCGUCUUCAAAGGCUUCAAAGGAUUCAAAGUCAAAAGACACCGGCAAGGGUGGUCGAGGUCCAGGCCGAGGUGGUCGAUUGGCAAUGCUUCUGAGAUAUGACGUGACUUGCUUUGCUCUAUCCUUGCUUGUGUUGCUUCUGCUGACGUUAAGUACAUUUGAGCUAAAGGAUCGAGAGGUUACGCUAUGGCGCCAUCUCCAGGAGAACAUCUUCUGGUGCAAAGUCUUCUAUUCCUUGCUCUCGAUGCCCUUCUUCCUUUUCACCAUUCAGCCGCUCCAACAGGUCUUAACCCAUGCUGCUCCAACUGGAUUUAACGCUCUAGGGGCCUGCGUCCCGUUCCAUUUGCCGGAGCCAUGA